UUCGUAUGCGAACGCUGGAGCCUCGUCGAGCAUCUGGCAGCGACGGAUGUAAACAAUGAAGGCCCUUCCACUUGUCACCUUUGUCUUAUUUAGCGUCUGUGAAUGUGUUUUUUCCUUCGAUAUUACUGGUGGGCUUUUUAAAACAUACCCAAAGCACCCAAAUCUACGAUACUAUGAAGUUAUCGACUCUUCAGCUUUCAACCACCACAUCGUUAAGAGAGGGAUUAAAGAGAGUAAUCAUCGAUUCAAUAAAAUCAAAGAAGUUCAGUUCAGUGCAUUAGGAAGGGAUUUCCGUUUGAUACUCAAUCCACGGAAAGGACUCCUUCACUCACAGUUCAAAGCUUAUGCUAUAGAUGGGAAGGGCAAUGAGAAGAUCAUUCAUGUGGACCACGAAAAUUUUUAUGAAGGUCGCCUGUUUGGGGAGAAGAAAUCAGACGUGUCAGCCCACUUGGAAGAUGGAGUUAUGACAGCUACCAUACACACUCCUGAUGACACAUAUCAUAUAGAGCCAUCGUGGAGACACUUACCAGAUACCAGAGAAGACUCGAUGAUCGUGUACAGAGGAUCAGAUGUGAAGUACAGCUGGGAAGACAACCAUCCAAGCCUCAAAGGACACAGAAUGUGUGAUUAUGUCAAAGAAGGAAAUGAAACGACAGACGAUGAAGAUGAAGAAUGGAUAGAAGGUUACGAGCCUCCAGAUGGAAUCAUCCCAGAGCCUUUGACUGAAGAGCAAGGCCCUAAAAGGAGAGUCAAGAGACAGCAGGCGGAACCAUACAACUUCAAUGGGGACAAGACACGUUGUCCACUGCUACUAGUGGCUGAUUACCGCUUCUUCAGGGAAAUGGGCGGCUCAAACUACAAGACCACUGUAAACUACCUGAUCAACCUUAUUGAUCGUGUAGACAAGAUUUAUGAAAACACAGUAUGGCGAGAUGGUGUGGACACAGCUGAUUUCUCUGGCAUGGGUUUUGUCAUCAAGAAAAUUUUGGUGCACCAGGAAUGGUCUCCUGUAGGUUCCAACCAAGUGCACUAUAACAUGGAACGCAGCUCCUGGGAUGUGCGUAACCUCUUGGAGGUGUUUAGCCGAGAAUACUCUCAUAAGGAUUACUGCUUGGCACACCUCUUCACCGACAUUAAGUUUGAAGGGGGAAUCUUGGGCCUUGCUUAUGUAGGAUCUCCUCGCAGGAACUCAGUUGGUGGAAUCUGCACUCCAGAAUACUUUAAGAAUGGACACACUCUCUACCUGAACUCCGGCCUGAGUUCAUCCAGGAAUCACUAUGGGCAGAGGGUGAUCACUCGUGAGGCGGAUCUUGUCACAGCACAUGAGUUUGGACACAACUGGGGCUCAGAGCAUGACCCAGACCGACCAGAGUGCAGCCCCAGUGCCAGUCAAGGGGGAUCAUAUCUCAUGUACACAUAUUCUGUGUCUGGUUAUGACAUCAACAACAAGAGGUUCUCUCCAUGUAGUCUCAGAGCAAUUCGUGCUGUCCUAGUUGCCAAGUCUUCUCGCUGCUUCACUGAGCCCGAGGAGAGUUAUUGUGGUAACCAGCGUGUAGAAGGCCAGGAAGAAUGUGAUGCAGGGCUGGUAGGCCAGGAUGACUUAGAUGCUUGCUGUGACAAGCACUGCAAAUUGCGAGAGAGAAAAACUUGCAGUGACAGGAACUCUCCCUGCUGCCAGGGCUGCCAGUACAUGAACCAGGGUGUCAAGUGUAGGGAGCAACAGCCAGCCACAUGUGAGAAUGAGUCAAGGUGUCUGGGCACUACUGCUGUUUGUCCCAAGGCCAAACCUAUGGAAGAUGGCACUCCUUGCAUUGAGAAGGGCCAGUGCCACCAGGGGUCCUGUCUUCCUUACUGUGAAACUCAGGAAAUGCAAAGCUGCAUGUGUGAUACCAUUGAUGACGCGUGUAAAAGGUGUUGUCGCAAGACGCUGAACGACACCUGCUUCCCCGUCACGCCCUUAGACAUCCUUCCUGAUGGCACUCCCUGUAUUCAUGGAUUCUGCAAUAAGGGAAAAUGUGAGAAGACAGUGCAAGAUGUCGUAGAACGUUUCUGGGACAUCAUAGAGGACAUUAACAUUAACACUGUACUGAUGUUCUUGCGUGACAACAUUGUAGGGACAGUCAUCAUCAUCUCUGUCAUCAUCUGGGUCCCAGCAUCGUGCAUUUUCAGUUACGUUGACCGCCGGCGACAAGAGGAUUACCGCAAGUAUGUUCGUUGGUAUUACAGCAAUGAGCUUAUUCACCCAACUGACAGUGUUCGCAUUAUUGACAGCAAACGCACGCGAAUACAUGAGCCUGGCCGUGUCCAGGAAGCUACUAACCGUGUGCUAGAGUCUGGUGGGCGUCCGCACGACCCGGGGACUCGAGCACACGACACACGAGAUCCUCCCGAAGGUGCAGAAAGCCGCCAGACUCUUAAUACCCCUCAGUGCCCCCCAGUGUCACAGCACUACACUAGUGCCAUGUAGUUGUGCGACUGCAGAUUUCGUUCAGAGAAGUGGUGAUAUUAUUUUCUAAGUAAAGAGAAGGCUUUAGGAAAGAAAGAGGACUAUUUCAUGUGUCUACCAACUUAUGCCUUCAACAGUUUCUGGAGCAAUCUGUUUCACUCAGUUCUUUUAGGAAUAUUGACAGACAGCUAACCAAAGCUUUUCAUAUAAUGCAUUCAGAAUCCAGAUGGUUAAGGCUUAAUGCCUAAUGAUUAAGCAUUCACCUACAAAGGCACAGAAAUAUCUGCAAAAAGGUCAUUAUCACCAUUGGUGUUAGAGUAGUUAAUGGUUGUGUAGAUGAUUAGUAUAAAGUCACUCAUGAAUUUCCUAAUGACCUUGGAUGAGGAGUGUAGUGAAUCAUGCCACUGUGGAAAUGUUUGUCAAGACCUGUAGUUUUUUAUCAUUGUUUCUACUUGUAGUGAUCACAGACACCUAAGAAAAGAAAAGGCUUCCUGCAAAUCAUUGAUCUCACAGUACUUACCAAAGAAAAGAUAUUUUAGAAAUUAGCAGCUUCAUGCAACAGUUGCAAACAAAUUUAUGUACAAACAUAUUAGGAACUAAAAGGCAGAAGAUAUAUUCUACUAUUACUUUGAAUAGAAGAAUGAUCUUGCUCCUGCUUCAUUUUAACCAAUAUAUGGUUUAAAUAUAAACAGUAGCAUACAUCAAAGACAUUCCAUUAAAAUAUAAUUUUACAAUAAUUACAUUCCCUUUCCCCAAUUACUGAUUUAUUAUGGGCAAUAUGUCUGUGAGCUAUGUGGUUGUGAAUUAUAUAUAUAUAUUUUUGUUGUUUUAAUUAUUGAUCCUUAACUUCAAAGUUACUGAAUGUAAGUUAUAAGGUGUGGUACUGAAACCUACUUCAUUUUGUGUUCAGUUUUGUUACUUUUUUGUUUAUUGUCUUGUGAGGUGCUUGACCUAUUUUCUAUAGCACUCAGAAAUGGUAAGGUAAGCUUUCAUCUGUUAUUAUGAUUCCAUGUAUACUACAUACAUAAAUAUAUUUAGCUAAGUGGUAGUUAUGUGAUUUAUAGAGUUUUAAGUUUCAUCAAAAAGUGGUGUAAUUUUAGGAUUGCAUUCAAUGCUUCUUUCUUGUUGGAAUAUUUUUCCUGUGUAUUAGAAAGAUCAAAAUAAUAGGUGGUGUUCUUUGCUUGAUACAGUAACAGUAUGAAACAAUCAACCUUCUAAAUUUCUUUUCUUUUUAUGAAUUUAACUUAAGACCAAAAGAUGCUCUGUAUAUAAUAUUCAGGAAAGAAUGCUGGUAGCUUUUGCCAAGUGGUUCAGCUUUUUAUCCAAUAAACGCUUUUUAAUGGAAGGUGGCACUAAGAGGAAGGUCUUGCCUCAUAGAUUCUUGUACCUUUUCUUAAGUCCUUUUAGUUAUUUGUAAUUGUGUGCUUUAACAAUGUGUUUUGAGUUUCUUACUUUCAGAUAUAAGUUUGCAUUAUUUCAGAAUUCUUUCUGCUUUUCUCUACCUCAUUAUUUAUUUAUUUAAUGAAGAAAUCACCUUUUUAUGCUUAUUUCACCAAUUAUUCAUCUUAGUUCAGUAGAUUUGUAUAUUUCUGUAUAUUAACCCCAUGAGAGUCAGGUCCAUAUAUUGUUCAUUAGAAAUCCAGUUAUUGCAUGAGCUGUAUAUUUUACAUGAAAAGAUUCUUUUAUCUACAAUGAGUCAUAUUAAAUGAAAUGUGAAUAGUGAACUUUUUGUUUUUUACUAUUUGAUAUGUAGGGAUGCUAUGAUAACCCAUUUUACUUUAGCCAUGGGCUAGUCAUGAUGCUUGUGAUAUGAAGUACCUGAAGUUUGAAAGCAUGUCUUAUCUGACUUUUCUAUAUUUUGUAUAUCAAUUUUUACUUUGAAAGUCAAUUUUUUUGCUUAUUUUGUACUAGAGAUAUCUUCUUUUUUAAAUCUGCAAACAUUUUUGGUAUGUUAUGAUACUACAUGUAUGGACCUAAACAGCCAAAGGGUUAAACUAGCUGAUUCAAAGUUUGCCUAAUUUAGCACUUGCUUUAUGUGACCCAUAGGGACAUCACACCUGUUGCUGUAUUGGCAGAAUGACAGAUUCAUGUUCAUAAUACAGAGAGAGUGGUAAUAGUUAACAGUAUGCUGAUGAUGAGAAAUUUUUAAAAAUAUCACAUUUAAAAUUCUAUAGAGGUGUCCCUUUGAGUGAUAGGGAUAGUGAAACCUACUGGAAUUCAUUAUUCAAUUUGUAUAUAUGCUUUAUAUUUGCUUACAUUGUUUCUUUGUGACUCAUUUUAUUUUGUAACAGUAAAAAAAAAA